AUGAUGACGGCAGUCGAGACGCAAGUGCAAUACAACACCACCUACACGGUGUCCACGGAGGAUUACAUGACUCAGGAGGAAGACUGGGACAGAGAUCUUCUGCUUGACCCUGCCUGGGAGAAACAACAGAGGAAGACAUUCACAGCCUGGUGUAACUCUCACCUGCGGAAGGCUGGCACCCAGAUCGAGAACAUUGAGGAGGACUUCAGAAAUGGCCUCAAGCUUAUGCUGCUUCUCGAGGUCAUCUCAGGCGAAAGGUUGCCCAAACCAGACAAAGGCAAGAUGCGAUUCCACAAGAUCGCCAACGUAAACAAGGCCCUGGAUUUCAUCUGCAGUAAGGGAGUCAAGCUGGUGUCCAUUGGAGCAGAGGAGAUUGUUGAUGGGAACGUGAAGAUGACUUUGGGAAUGAUCUGGACCAUCAUUCUCCGUUUUGCUAUCCAGGACAUCUCUGUUGAAGAGACCUCUGCUAAGGAGGGUCUAUUGCUAUGGUGCCAGAGAAAGACUGCCCCUUAUAGGAAUGUUAAUGUACAAAACUUCCACAUCAGUUGGAAGGAUGGCCUUGCUCUGUGUGCCCUCAUCCACAGGCACAGACCUGACCUUAUCGACUACUCCAAACUGAGAAAGGACGACCCCAUUGGAAACCUGAACACAGCGUUUGAGGUGGCGGAGAAGUUCCUUGACAUCCCCAGAAUGCUGGACGCUGAAGACAUUGUCAACACCCCAAAGCCAGACGAGAAAGCCAUUAUGACCUACGUGUCCUGCUUCUACCACGCCUUCGCUGGGGCUGAGCAGGCUGAGACUGCUGCUAACAGGAUCUGUAAGGUUCUGGCAGUGAACCAGGAGAAUGAGCGACUGAUGGAGGAGUAUGAGAAACUGGCCAGUGAGCUGUUGGAGUGGAUCAGGAGGACGAUCCCCUGGCUGGAGAACCGUGUGGCUGAGCAGACCAUGCGGGCCAUGCAGCAGAAGCUGGAGGACUUCCGUGACUACCGGCGUGUGCACAAGCCCCCACGCGUGCAGGAGAAGUGCCAGCUGGAGAUCAACUUCAACACGCUGCAGACCAAACUGAGGCUCAGCAACAGGCCCGCCUUCAUGCCCUCCGAGGGCAAGAUGGUUUCGGACAUUGCCAAUGCGUGGAAGGGUCUUGAGCAGGUGGAGAAGGGCUAUGAGGAGUGGCUUCUCACAGAGAUCCGCAGACUUGAGAGACUCGACCACCUCGCCGAGAAGUUCAGGCAGAAGUGCUCUCUGCAUGAGGGCUGGACCGCAGGGAAAGAGGAGCUGCUGUCUCAAAAAGACUAUGAGUCGGCGUCUCUGAUGGAGAUCAGGGCUCUAAUGAGGAAGCACGAGGCGUUUGAGAGCGACCUCGCCGCCCACCAGGACAGAGUGGAGCAGAUCGCUGCUAUUGCUCAGGAGCUGAAUGAGCUGGACUACCAUGAUGCUGCUACAGUAAAUGCACGCUGUCAGGGCAUCUGCGACCAAUGGGACAACCUGGGUACUCUCACACAGAAGAGGAGAGAUGCUCUGGAGCGUGUGGAGAAGCUGUGGGAGACUAUUGAUCAGCUGUACCUGGAGUUUGCCAAGAGGGCGGCGCCAUUCAACAACUGGAUGGAUGGAGCCAUGGAGGACCUGCAGGACAUGUUCAUUGUGCACAGCAUUGAGGAGAUUCAGAGUCUGAUCACAGCCCACGACCAGUUUAAGGCCACACUCCCCGAGGCAGAUAAAGAGCGUGUGGCCAUCAUGGGCAUCAUAAAUGAGAUCAUGAAGAUUGCACAGACCUAUGGCAUCAAGCUGUCUGGAGUGAACCCAUAUACCAGCCUCAGCUCCCAGGACAUCAGCAACAAGUGGGAGACGGUGAAGCAGCUGGUGCCCCUCAGAGACCAGAUGCUCCAGGAGGAGGUUGCCAGGCAACAGGCCAACGAGAGGCUGAGGCGGCAGUUUGCUGCACAGGCCAACAUCAUCGGACCCUGGAUCCAAACCAAGAUGGAGGAGAUUGGCCAUGUCUCAGUGGACAUCACCGGUUCCCUAGAGGAACAGAUGAAUAACCUGAAGACAUAUGAGCAGAACAUCAUCAACUACAAAUCCAAUAUCGACAAACUGGAGGGAGACCACCAGCUCAUCCAGGAGGCGCUCAUCUUCGACAACAAACACACCAACUACACCAUGGAGCAUAUCCGUGUGGGCUGGGAGCAACUGCUUACCACCAUCGCCCGCACCAUCAACGAGGUGGAGAACCAGAUCCUGACCCGCGAUGCCAAGGGCAUCAGCCAGGAGCAGCUCAAUGAAUUCAGGGCCUCCUUCAACCACUUCGACAGGAAGAGAAAUGGCAUGAUGGAUCCUGAUGAUUUCCGUGCCUGCCUUAUUUCCAUGGGUUAUGAUCUGGGUGAGGUGGAGUUUGCCCGCAUCAUGACCCUGGUUGACCCCAACAACACAGGUGUGGUCACCUUCCAGGCCUUCAUCGACUUCAUGACCCGUGAGACUGCAGAGACUGACACAGCCGAGCAGGUCAUGGCCUCCUUCAAGAUCCUUGCCUCCGACAAGUCCUAUAUCACGGUGGAUGAACUGCGCAGAGAGCUUCCUCCGGAGCAGGCAGAGUACUGCAUCACCCGCAUGACCAAGUACGUCGGCCCAGACAGCAUCCCCGGAGCCCUCGACUACAUCUCCUUCUCCAGUGCCCUGUACGGGGAGAGCGACCUAUAAGCAACUGCUCUCCUCCGCGCCUCCUCUCCUCCUCUCCUCCGCUCUCCUCUCUUUUCUUUCCUCCUUUACCCUUUCUUUUCAUUCUUUCUCUUCCCUCCCCGUUACACUCCUCUCCUGCCCAGAAGUCCUCAAAUAAGCGAACCGUGGAAAAUUGUCCCUUCCCUCUUUCCGUCUGUAGCGGUCCUCCCACUCUCCGCUGCGCUAGCUCCGCUCUCUUCCUGUGUCCUGUGUAUGUGUAAUUUUGUGGAUGCCUCCAUAAGUAGAGACUGCCGCCCUGUCGCCAGCUCACGUUAAGGCCCUACAGUGCUGGUGUGUGGCUCCACGCUCCGCUGGAGGUGCCCACACACCCACACACCUCCAGUGUUGUUUCUCUCCUAUCUUUCUCCCAUUUCUCUCUGUUGCCUUUGAUCUUUCCUUCCUUCUCCUGUUCUUUCCCUCUCUGCUCCUCUCUGGUAAAUCUAAUGUGUGUGUGAGGUGUGAGCCUCCUCCUGCACUGAUCUCACAUGCUUUGGUCUUGUCCAUGGAAAUCAUUAUUGCUUAUAUUUGUAUUUAGAACCUUAAUUUUGUUCUCUUUGUUUUUGUAUGUCUCGUAUAGUCGUGGGGUUGGGCGGUGACUUCUCAUAUUUGUUCCUGAGAAUUUACAAACAGAACCAACAGUAACUCAGGGCAGAGAGACGGGGAUGAAAUAUACAUGCCUCUUAAUGGUUCGGAAAUGAAUAGGAAAGGUGUGUACUGGGCUAAGCAUGUUAUCUGAACAAGAGUAAGAAGACAUGGAUACACAUAGAGAGAUGAUGCCGGGUAGUCACUAAACAUGGUGAAACAAUAGUUAGUCAGACUGAGGAACUGGAGCUGAACCUGGGCAUCAUGUAAGAGACAGCUCCCUAUUCUGUGUUCUCAUUCCCUUCUCCUGAAACUUCUGUCCCUGGUGUUCCAUGAACAGAAAGAACGAUAUUUGGUAGUCCCACAGGCAGGCGUGAGGAAGCAGAAAGACAGAGAGUGGUGUUUGGAGUGUUUGGAGGGAAUUUGGGAAGUCCUAACAAACCGAGGGAGCAGGGUCUGAUAUCCCUGACUCCCAGGCCAGCAGGUGGAAACUGCAGCAGACUUAGACACACGAAUAACGACCCAGCAUCUGAUAUGGUGAUGGAGUAAAGCCUCAGGUAGGAGCUGACAGGCCCAGGCUGUGGGGUUGGGUGCUACCAUGAAUCCCCUGCCCUCUGCCCUCCAAACGCUGCCUUCACUUUGUCCUUCUGUGUCUCUUCCUCCCACCCACCAAUGCUCACUUUCAUGCAGCAAUUGCUAAAUGAAAACAAAUGUCCCCCAAAUAAAGUCUGUCAUGAAGUCUGGAUGACUGGUGGAA